AUGGGUAAACCGUGUGAGCCUGUUCUUUGUGAAAUAGUCCUUGUUGCAGUUGAUUACAGGACAUUGUGUGAUUCUUUGAGCAGUGACGGCGACAUUGAGGAGAUUAUUUUUGAAAGUUAUGAUGGUUCUCAACUUGCCACUUCUGUUACCAAGGGUUUAGAUGAAUUGCCAGUUUCUCUACCUGAUGAGGUUCUAAAGAAAGAUACAGACGACCAGCCACUUGAAUGUUUACAUGUUGCCACUCAUGAUAGACCAUGCGAUACUAGUGUCGAUGAGCUUGAUAAAGUGGCAGAUUCUUCCCUAGCUAAGCGGAAUUGUACUUAUGCACGGCUUUAUGAUAGAAGGGGUUCCACAAGGAGCAAACGACGUAAAGGGAAACAUGUGCCACAUGAUUUUCAUUGUGCUGAUAUGGCCAAUUCUGUGCCUCGGUUGCGUGGGAUUGAUUUUGACAAUUGUGAUGCAGAAUCAGUGGUUGGAACAAGUGUUUCAUAUGAAUCUCAAGCUGGCACAUAUGCUUGGUUAAAUUAUGUUGCUACUGUAGAAUGGAGAUUUGACUUGAUUAAUGAUUAUAUGCGUCCUAGCGGGGUUAGAGCAUUUGAGGCAAAGACCACUUGUGAUAAGUCUAACAGUGUCCCGGUUAGGAACACUAAUGAUGUGACUAUCCAGCAUGAGGCUGACCACAAGAGAAAAUCUGUUGUUCCGACAGUUGAUGCUAAGGCCACUGACACCCAAGAGAGUGUUGCCGCAGAUGAUGGUUGCAAGAACAUAGAGCCUAUGUUUAUUCAGUUUGGCAGUCAACCCGAAGUACGUUGUGAUCGCAAGUAUGUUUUCCCAUUAGUGUUUGAUGGCCGAGACUUGGUGACAGACAAGGAAAGGGUUAAAGGCUCCAGUGACACUCCAAGUUUUAAGACUCAGAAUGCUAGUGAGGGGCAGUACAAUAGUGUUCCUACACAUAAGGUUCAGUUCCAACCAGUUCCUAAGGUUCAACAUAGAUAUAUUGACAAUACUGAUAUACACCGGUACAGUUCCAGAAGUUCUGGCACAACUAACAGUUUUGGAUGA